CAGUGUCCAGUUUCCCGCCAUCUGCGGAACUGAGCGGUACUCUGUGAGGACUAAACAAAGAUAAACAAUGUUUGUGCACAACUUUUUUAUGGUUAUCCUGUCGCUUUCUGCAACUGUGGCGUCCCCUUCUGGACCAAUUCAGACAUUCAAACUCAAUGAUGGACGGGAGAUGCCGCGUUUUGGACUCGGCACUUGGCUCGGCUUUAUAUCGACUGUCAGGACUAAUAAGAGUGAGGAAGUAGAAAACGCAGUGAAAUGGGCCAUAGACGCUGGUUACAGACAUAUCGACACAGCCUCCAUCUACGAUACUGAAGACCAGGUUGGUAAUGCAAUUAACAAGAAAAUAGCUGAGGGAGUUGUUAAGAGAGAGGAUUUAUUUGUUACUACAAAGCUAUGGAAUGACGCACAUGGCCGAUAUAGAGUGUUGCCAGCAUUAGAAAACUCACUUAAAAAACUUAAUUUGGAUUACGUCGAUAUGUACCUUAUUCACUGGCCAAUAGCUCAGUAUUUGAACGGUACAUUUUACGAUGUAGAUUACUUAGAGACUUGGGAAGCUAUGAUCGCAAUGCAGAAGAAAGGUCUCGCUAAGUCCAUCGGCGUGUCUAAUUUCAACAAAGCGAUGUUGGAGAGACUCAUAUCUAAAAGCACUGUGAAACCCGCUAAUUUGCAAGUAGAGAUAAACUUAAACCUGCAACAACCAGAGCUGAUAGAGUUCUGUAAACAACAGAACAUAGUGGUGACAGGUUACACACCCUUUGGCUCCUUGUUUCCGAACAGAGCGCGCAGCGACGCGCCGCCGCCGCGAGCCGACGACCCCGCGCUCAUCGACAUUGCUAACAAAUACAAUAAAACUGUGCCGCAAAUUGCUUUGAGAUAUCUGGUGGAACUGAACAUAGUACCGAUUCCUAAAACUGUCACCAAAUCUAGAGUGGAACAGAACAUUGAUAUCUUCGAUUUCAAACUAACUCAAGAAGAACGCAAUCUUUUAAAAAGCUACGACAAAAACUACAGAACUAUCGAACCUAAGAUGUGGGAAGAUUCUCCUUAUUACCCAUUUUAAAAGAAAUAAGCAACAUUUAAGUUUUUCAUCUUUACAGCUUGUUACGAUGACGUUGUUAAUUAUAUCAUGUAAUAAAUGAAGAUUUUUAUAAAC